AUGGCGGCGGCGCUGAGGGGGCGGCGGGAGCGGAGGGAGCGCAGGGACCGACCCGCCCGCCGCGCCGGCCGCGCGCACACUGAGGCACCCGCAGCUCGCGCGGACUGCGGGGCCCGCCGGCCAAUCGGCGCGCGCGGCGCCUACCACUCGCCGCGCGGCCGAGGGGGAUGGGGAGGGACGGGGACGAGAAGGGCCGUGCCAAAGUACGGCGGGCGGGGGGGUGGUGGUGGUGAUGUGUCUCCUGACCCCACGGUGCGGGGGAGCGGGGGCUUCAUUCGCCUGGCUGGGCCUCCCGCACCUGAGAGCAGCUGCUCAUGGGGAGACCCGGACCCAGCUCAGGCGGGGGGGGGAAGAACCCCACCCCCGCGCGUCUCCAUGGUAACGAGCAGCGCCUCGCGUUGCCAUGGUAACGCAGGCCUUCCGGCGGCGGCCGGAAGCGGCGGGCGCGCGGGGGCAAUGGCGGCGCCCAGGGCAAUGCCGGCCGCCGCCGCCCUCACGGUGCUGCUCUCGGUCGGGGCCUCCGCGCCCGGGAUGCUGCGGGGUGUCCCCGCCGCCCGCUCCGCCGCCGUGCUGCGCCCCACCGCCCUGCGCGACGGGGAAGUUCACAGGUUGGUCACCUACGUCUUUGUCUAUGAGGACCUGAUCUCCCUGACCUGCGGUGCCGUUGCCAUCUGGUACUUUGCCGGCAGCUUUGAGAGGAACGUGGGCACAGUGAAGCACUGCUUCCUCACCAUCACCUUCUCCGUGCUCUCUGCCCUCCUCUACCUCCUCCUGGAGCCCCUUGUCUCCCGGGUGUGGGAGGUGGGAGAUGCCAAAGGAUUCCUGCCAGUGGCUUUCGCCAUGCUGGGUGUGUCCACCACCCGCUCGCGGAUGAAGAGGACUCUGGUUUUUGGGUGCAGGGUUCCAGUGGUGCUGGUGCCCUGGUUUGUGCUCUGCGUGGCGUGGUUUAUCCCCCACUCUUCUCUCUUGGGUAACCUGUGUGGGCUCCUGGUUGGUGAAGCCUAUGGUCUUGGCUACUGUUUCUGCCUGGAUUUUCCGGAGUCAGUGGGCUCUAAGCUGGACCGGGUGUUCCCUUUCACUCUGCUGAAGAGGAUCCCAGGGCUGAAAUACAUCCCAGGGUCCUUAGCAGAGAGAAGAGCCUCUGACAGCACCAAGUAAGUACAGGAGUUCCUGUGGGAGAUCUUAUAGGGGAAUUUUGAAGUGUGAGUAGAGGCUCUAAAUCACCUUUAAAAGCCAGAUUGCAUUUGUUGAGUUCAUAUUGUGGGUGUGGGAGGGGGCAGAGUCACCCUUUGAUGUUACACUGGUGACAUUACUGGGACUAAUAAAUUACCACUCAUUAACUCAACCAGGUCUUUAGUGAAAGCUGAAUGGAGGUGAAAGACCUCUCCUUUGCUGCAAGGGCAGUGUGUGUACACAUGCAAAGGUAUUGCAGCUCUGGCUGACAUGAAAGUUAAGUUGUGUAACUCUGCCCUGGAAUUAGGGUUUAAGGCAUUUAUUCCUGGCUGUGUGGCUCCCUAGGGUGUGAUCCCUAUCUUUAUUUGCCCCACCUCGCCUCCCAGGAAUGCUGUGAAGUGAGUUGUGUCCAAACCUAUGUAGGAGCAGAGCAUUAUAAAUCAAAGGUGCCACUUACAAAGCUCAGUGUAGACCUUUUGGUCUUUUUUAGCCUUUCAGCAGGUUUUCAGUGUCAAGGCAAUGUUGCUUUACUGAAAAAAAAAAACCUUGGGGCCCUUGGCUGACAGUUCAGGAGUGAUUUUAAGUUUAUGUAUUAUCACAAGCCAUGAGAACUCACUUGUAUUCUAAAAAGCUUGAAAAUGUAGGUCAAAUAUUUACCUGUUCUAAGGUGCCAUUUCAACUUCACAGAGAAAGGGUAGUUUUCUGUUAAGGGUUAAAUUCUAUGUAUUGUUUAAGCCCUCAGCUCAUUGUAAAGCUUUAUUUAAAGUGGAAGCAUUCCCAGGUGUUUGCAUUGCCCUCACCCGUUGGGAAGCCAUAAAACCAACCCUUGUCUGCAGCAGGAGUGUCCCU